AAAACUAGCAAGCUGACAAUAAGCUCGGGGUGGUUGGCGUGUCCAAGAAAGGCGGUUGUAUUUUUUCGCGGGUCAGUAUUAUAUUUUAAUCUAAAAGAAUGCCCCCCAAAAAGAGAGAAAAAGAUCCAGACAAUGUUAAAACUCCAAGAAUCGAUCACAUUCAGGCUGAUCACGAAUUAUUUUUACAGGCCUUUGAAAAACCAACGCAAAUAUAUAGGUACUUACGCACAAGAAAUAUGUGUUCACCCAUCUUCCUCAACAGAACCCUAACCUAUAUGAGACAAAGAAUGUCGCGAGUCCACAAACACAGGCAAAAUUUCAAAGUCGAUUCUUUAUUGGAUAAAGUAGUUUCGAGGAGAGAUUCCAUUUCCAUACAACCUGGGUUUAUAAAUCUUACUUUUCUAAGUUUUAACAAUAAAUCCUUAGACUACAAUGCUCAAAUAGCUCAGGUAGAAACAGUGCUCUUGAAAAUCAGUCACAAAAAACGUAAAGACAGCUCUGCUCCUAGUAUGCAAAUAACUCUCGGGACAGCCGAUGUUCCGAUCAAUCCCGAUGAUCAACAGCUACCUCUUACGGCUCCCACAAUCAGCAUUCCAACAGAAUCUUUCAACCCUUCUAGUGGCCCUUUGGUCAAGUCUUACAUAAUCCUAUUCAGAGUGAAAGUCACUUCUGAAAAGGACAGUGGAGACGAGGAACCCGCUUUGAAGAAGCGCAAAUCCAAUGGUACUGAUAACACAAAACUUUACGGGGCUGAACUUACUGUUUAUGAUAAACACAAUAGGUGCUACCUGAGCGAUGGAGAUUAUGACAUUGUGGUACAUGAUUUCUCAGGAAACCCGAAGAAUAAUCUCAAAAAGCACUCCAGUUGGGAAAGCGUGAACGAUUUGGUAGAAACAUGUGGAAAUUUGGAUGCUUUCAUGAAGGGGGCUGUUCUGAAGUUCAAACUCAAUUGGUCUCCCGAGGCUAGUGCUAGAAUAGUUGACCGCCCUCCGCCUUAUCCUUUGCAAGAAAACAAAGAAAAUGUGCCAUUAUCGAUGAAUGGUGAUAACAACAAUGUAGAGAAAUUACAAAUAGUUUAUCAGUUUGUAUAUAACAAUAAUUCUCGUCAGCAGACUGAAGCUUGUGAAGACUUACACUGCCCGUGGUGCAGUUUGAAUUGCAAUCAGCUGUAUACGCUGUUGAAGCAUUUGAAACUGUGCCACUCACGAUUUACUUUCACCUAUGUUCCUAUUUCAGUAGGUGCUAGGAUAGAUGUAGCAAUAAAUGAAAUGUAUGAUGGAUCAUACACUGGAUCUCCUCACGAUUUGAUUUCCCAGCCUUCUGUUUGCGCUUUUUCUAGAAGCGGACCUGUCCGUCGAGCUUCUGUAACUCAUAUUCUUGUCUGUCAUCCGAAACGUCCUAAACCGAGCUUGUCCGAGUUUCUUGAACUUGAUGACUGUGAAUUUGAUGGUCAGAGGCCUUUUAUAACUGGCCACAAUAGACUGUAUCACCACACCACCACGUACCUGCCGAUUUAUCCCAAAGAAAUGGAUGUCGAUUCUGAAGGAGAGAAUGACCCAGAGUGGCUGCAGAACAAAACUAUGAUGAUGAUAGACGAGUUCACUGACGUUAAUGAAGGAGAGAAAGAACUGAUGAAAAUGUGGAACUUGCAUGUUAUGAAACACGGGUUUGUGGGUGACUGCCAAAUUCCUAUUGCCUGCCAAUUAUUUGUUCAGUAUAAGGGAAAGGAGCUAUUGUUGAAAAAUCUGUACAAAAAUUUUGUCAUACACAUGACUAGUUUGUUUGAUUUCGGACUAGUAAGUGCAGUUUGUUUGUAUACAACUAUACAGAAACUACAGGAACUUGUAGGUGAAACUAGUGCAAUUCGUACAGUCCUCAAGGAAUCCAGGGAGGCUCAGAUAGACAAUUGGUCUCGAGUAGGAAAUGUGCCUCCGAUUUGUGACAAGCCAAAUAUGACAAAAACCCCAAGUGCCGGUAGAAAAACUGCCAAUGUCGGAAUGCAGAGAAGAAAAGGAACUCCCACUCCAUGCGAGCCUACAUCUCGUAGGAAGUCUGUGUGUGGGGAGACUUCCAGAAAAAGGCUUACCUUAACCUUAAAAAGUGACCAAAAAUCUAGCUAGUUUCUAGUUCUCAAAUAUUUAUUGAGACAUUUAAGUUAUUUUUAUAUUUUUCAAUGUAUGCUAAUUUUAAGUUCACAGACAUUUUAAAUCCUAGCAGACAGAUAUCUGUUCUCUUAAAGUAGCAUAUAGAAUACCAUAAAGUAUACUUUACUUUUUCUGAAUUAUGCAUUUCGUAUGCAUACAUUUUUAUAAUUUUUACUUCAAGACAUUUUCAGUAUCUUUAUGUUUCAUUUACAAACUGAAUUUUAUACUCAUUUUAUCUUUAUUAGGAACCUAGGCAUAUUACAAGUUAUUUCGCUUAUUUUACUGCUCUUCUGAAAUCAUAACACCCUACUUUUAAAUAAUUUUUACUGAUACUAUGUUUGAAUAGAAAUUUACAAUAUGGAUGAAUUCUAAAAAAGGCUAUUCAAAAAGCAACCUGGACCAUUAUGAGGAAGUACUUUAGUGUGGUAAUUUAAAUUUUUCCCUAUUCUAUAAAGUUCACACAUUUUAUGUAUCACUAUUUGAACGUUUAGUGAGUGAUGUGUGAAACAACUUUGCAAACAAAUUUUGUACUAUCAUUGUGAAAUAAAUCGAGUCAGUCAUAACUGGACAAUAUAGAUUUAUCUACAAUAAUAUUGCUAAUAUGAACUUUCUAUGUAAUUUGCAGCUAAGGUCUUCCUUACGCAGCCUUACUUUCUCAAGACAUCCCUAAAUGGACACUGUUCCAGUAGCCCAAUAAUUGUUAAAGUGGAUAUGUACUUACCUAUUUAUUUGUAUCAUGUCCACACAUUACUUUGUAGUCAGUCUCCCAAACUGACUACACAAAUACAUCUAGCAGUGAUGUUAAGAAAGCUAUGUCAUCACCAAUAUUUCUAUAUUGUGUCGAUGUUAAAAUAUGAGUUUGCAAAUGUACAAAAUUAAACAAUUUGAUUUUUUUUCAUAACUUUAUUUUGUGCACGGUAAAAUAGGCGAAAUAAACUUGGCAAAUAUCUCGCCAGGGUCGUUUUUCAGUAAUUAUUUUCAUACCAAUUGUUUAACAUUGUAUACCUCAUAUACAAUGCAAUGCCGUGAUAGAAGCAUUACAUUACAUAAAAUAGUAUUGAAGUUGUUGCCAAGAUUUCCAUUCAACAUAGACCAUUCAAGUUCAUUUUUGUUCUAGUCUAAGUGAAAUAAAGUGAUCUAUAUUCAGGGAGAUGAUUAAAAUUCAAAUCAUAGCUAGGAAAAUGCUAGCUUAAAUGUAUAUUCCUGAGCUGAGUUUAAAAAAAACACAAAGCAAUUUGUUCGGAGGAUUUAAACAUGUCUUGGUGUUUUGCAUCUUCAAUUAAAAGUAGAUUGUUCAUUUAAGUUCAGCCCAUUUUAAAAACUGAAGUACUAUAUAUAUAUGAUGUAAAUAAAUACAAAUUGAUAAGUUUAGAUUUGUUGUGUUUGUAAAUAUUAAAACGGUUACGUCAAAAGUCUAAGUGAAAUAUUUUGAUAUUUGUAAUGUUCAGUUUGAGCAUAUGUUUGAAAUGUCAACAGAAUAUUUUCAAUGAUACAGUUCCGAAUUCGUAACACAAGCCACAGAAAUAGAUUCAAGUUUUCUAUCAGUUUUAUGAUAAACAUUCUAAAAUAACUCUAGGUUGCCUUUUUACUAUACAUUUCUGAACCAUCAAUGUGAAGCACUCAGAACAUGAUAAACCUUCUUGAAAUAUAUUUAUCAAUCACCGUAUUAUCCAUUUCCUUUUUUUUUUUUCAGAAGAAUAGACAUAAGUAAAUAAUUUAAUUGAAAUAUACAUCCAUAAGUGUUAUUUUCGAUUAAUUUGCAAUGAAAACAUAGAUACUGUCUGCGGACCUUUGGAAAUUACUUUCAUUUACAAUUCAUUAUGUAAAUUCUUACAAUAUAUGUUUAUGUAUUUGUUAUUGUUGUGUACAUUUUUAUAUUUCUGAAAUCUACUUAGGAUUAAAUUUAUGAAUCUUUUGUAGAGAUAGUAAAUACAGAGUUUGUUUAUAAAGAGA